ACUCGCGGCCCCUCGCGGCCUCCAUGGGCGGUGGCGGCGGCGCGCUCCGCCCCGCGGCGGGGCUCGGCGGGCGCGGGCCGGCCGGCUGGCUUCACUUUCGCUUUCGUCUCGGCCCUGGUCCCUCUCGGUGUCGCCUUCCUCCCUCGGGCCCUCUCGGUGCCGGCCUCCUCCCUCGGGCCCAGAGGCGGGUCCCGCAGCGCGGAGCGGGGGCUGCGGUCCCGGGGCUGCUCCCCGCCGCAGCAUGAGGCGGCGGGUGCAGGGCGGCCUCGUUGCCUCCUCCCUUCACUAGGUCCAAAAUGGCAGCGCCGCACCUAGCCGCCUCGUUCCGGGGUCCGUGUGCCCCAGUGGUGUCCGUGGUGCUGGGCCUGGCCAUGGUGGCUUCUUCUGUCGGCGGUGGCCUCGGCGUUGACAGCAGCAUGCCGUUUCCCUGGAACAGGGUGAGGCUCCCUGAGCACAUUGUCCCGCUGCACUACCACCUCCUCAUCCACCCUAACCUCACCACGCAGACCUUCUCGGGGACAGCUGCCAUAGACCUGACCAUCACCCGUCAAACCAGCACCGUCAUCCUGCACAGCAAGCGUUUGCAUGUGGCCUGGGCGGCCAUCGGGGCACAGGAGGCGAGGGUGCUGGAGCACCGGGCGCUGGAGCAGGUGGCACUGCUCGCCACCGAGCCGCUGCGGGCUGGCCACAACUACACCGUCACCAUCCAGUACGCUGCCAACCUCUCUGACUCCUUCCAUGGCUUUUACAAAAGCACCUACAGGACCCAGGAAGGAGAACUCAGAGUGCUUGCAGCAACGCAGUUUGAGCCAACAUUUGCAAGAAUGGCCUUUCCAUGUUUUGAUGAACCAGCCUUCAAAGCCAGAUUUUCAGUUAAGAUUAGGAGGGAACCAAAGCACCUUGCGCUGUCCAACAUGCCACUUAUGAAGACUGUGAAUAUAAAUUCAUGGCUUGUUGAAGACCAUUUUGAUACCAGUGUCAAGAUGAGUACCUACCUCGUGGCCUUUAUUGUUUCAGAUUUCAAGUCCAUCAGCAAAAUAUCCAGUCAUGGAGUUAAGAUUUCUGUAUACACGGUACCAGAGAAGAUCCACCAAGCUGAUUAUGCACUGGAUGCGGCAGUAAAACUUUUAGACUUUUAUGAGGAUUACUUCAGCAUUUCAUAUCCCUUACCUAAACAAGAUUUAGCAGCUAUUCCGGAUUUCCAGUCUGGUGCUAUGGAAAACUGGGGAUUGACCACAUAUCGGGAAUCUGCGUUGUUGUAUGACCCUGAGAAGUCCUCAGCAUCUUCUAGACUUUGGAUUACUAUGAUAAUAGCCCAUGAACUGGCUCAUCAGUGGUUUGGCAACCUAGUUACCAUGGAGUGGUGGAAUGACCUGUGGUUAAAUGAAGGGUUUGCAAAAUUCAUGGAGUUUGUGUCGGUCAACGUUACCCAUCCAGAACUGAAAGUUGAAGAUUAUUUCUUAACAAGAUGCUUUGAUGCCAUGGAAGUGGAUGCAUUAAAUUCAUCGCAUCCUGUGUCUACUCCUGUGGAAGAUCCAGCUCAAAUUUUAGAAAUGUUUGAUGAUGUUUCUUAUGAUAAGGGAUCCUGUAUAUUAAAUAUGUUGAGGGACUACCUGACUGACAAUGUUUUUAAAGCUGGGCUUGUGCAGUACCUGCAGAAGUACAGCUAUCAGAAUACAAAAAAUGAAGAUUUGUGGGACAGUAUGACAAAUAUUUGUCCCACAGCAGGUAGCGAUAAAAGUGAACAACAAGGUGAUGGCUUUUGCAGAAGGAACCAACAGUCAUCUUCAAAUGCACACUGGACUAAAGGAGAGACUCUUGAUGUGAGGGCAAUGAUGAACACUUGGACACUGCAAAAAGGUUUUCCCCUGGUAACUGUCACAGUGAGAGGAAAGAACGUCCACCUGCAGCAGGAGCACUACAUGAAGGGAGCAGAUUCCCAUUCAUCCACAGGGUACUUGUGGCACAUUCCACUAACCUACAUUACGAGCAAAUCUGACACUGUGCAAAGAUUUUUGAUGACAACUAAAACAGAUGUCAUUAUCCUUCCGGAAGAGGCUGAGUGGAUCAAAUUCAAUGUGUACAUGAAUGGUUAUUACAUUGUGCACUAUGAAGAUGAUGGAUGGGAUCAUCUGAUCAACCUUUUGAAAGAGAAUCAUACAGCAAUUAGCAACAAUGACAGAACAAGUCUCAUUAACAACAUAUUCCAGCUUGUAAGAAUAAAAAAAAUGCCAAUUUCUAAAGCUUUUGAUUUAACUUUAUACCUGAAACGGGAAACACAAAUCAUGCCUGUACUCCAAGGUAUGAAUGAGCUGGUUCCUAUAUACAAGCUGAUGGAGAAGCGGGAUAUGGAUGAUACAGAAAAACAGUUAAAGGAGUAUAUAGUCAAUUUAUUUAAAGACCUAAUUGACAAACAGCUUUGGAGUGAUGACGGCUCAGUGUCUGAGAGAAUGCUUCGGCAGUCCCUGCUGCUCUUCGCAUGUAUGCGCAGAUACCAGCCAUGCGUGGACAAAGCAGAAGAGUAUUUCCUGAAAUGGCAGAAAUCCAAUGGAACCUUGAGUUUGCCAGCUGAUGUGAAGACAGCAGUGUAUGCUGUUGGAGCACAAACAUCUGAAGGUUGGGAUUUCCUCCUUAGUAAAUACAGACAGCACUCAUUCAGCAUAGAUAAAAGUAAAAUUGAAUUAGCUCUCAGCCUCACCAGAAAUAAGGACAAACUUCAGUGGUUACUGGAUCAAGGUCUCCGUGGUGACAUCAUAAAAACUCAGGAUCUUCCACACAUUAUUGUGUAUGUUGCCAGAAACCCAUCUGGCUAUCAUCUUGCUUGGACGUUUUUAAAGGAAAAUUGGGAGAAAGUCGUAGAAAAAUUUGAACUUGGUUCGAAUUCCAUAGCAACCAUUGUCACUGGAGUGACAAAUCAGUACUCGACUAGGCCACAGCUUGCACAGGUUAAAGAAUUCUUCGGUUCUCUGGAGGAAAAAAGUGCACAGCUUCGUUGCAUCCAACAAGCUAUUGAAACCAUUGAGGACAAUAUACAAUGGAUGGAUAGAAAUUUUGAGGAUAUCAAAACAUGGCUGCAAAAGAAUCACCUAUAAAUUAGGAUAACUUAUUUUUGUCAAAAACAAUUGUAAGGCACUGAAAAUUCAUAGGAGGAGCAGCAGAGCAAUUUUAAAAGUUAGUUUCUCUAGAGGGCACACUAAGUCUGCACUAUUCCUCUUGCUGCUGACUGAAAAUAUUCUUGUAUUUUUAGGUAAUGUUAAGGAAAUGAGCAUGCAUUUUGUGUGCAGAACGUCUGAAUCUUAUUGUAGAUGAUUAAUCAGUUGGUUUUAGCUGGAAAUUUUGCUUUUAAUUAUUCCUUUUACACCUGAUUGAAGUGCAACUGCUACCAUAAUUACUCACUGAUGUUUAAGAGGACAGAUAGUCAUUUGUAAUAGGCUUUAUUUCUUAUCUCUAAGGAUUGUAAGCUAAUUACUGCGAGAACAGAUGAAUAUUAUGUGCUAAGAAGGUGUUAUUAUGUGCUUAUGUUACUUAAGAAAUGAGCUGAAGUUUUGGAGGGUUUUUUUUUUUUUUUUUUAAAGACCCAGUAGUGAAUGAAUUUCUUCUCUUUUCACCUAUGAAAAUUCCUCAAUUCCAGUACUAGUAUUAAAAAAAAAAAAAAUCCACCUGUUACCCUAAGUGCUUGAUUU